AAAGGUCGCUCUGCUCUCCUAAACCGUGUGCUUUAUGAGGACGCCUGGGUCCUAGAAGAACCUAAAACCCCUCUUCCAUCACCCAAGAACCAGAGAGAGGAAUAAAACCCGUAAAAGCGAAAGCCGGUUCUUUGCUAUCCAUUCCCUUCCCUCUCCUUUUCCCCUCUUCCCCCUACUUCUAUCCACACAACCCCUAACCUCAUCCCCCGCUCGUGAUUCCAUUAACUACCUAUCAAUCCUCUCUCAUCACUCCCCUAUUUCUCCUCCCUUCUCUCAUGACUUCUUCCGCUAUUUGCUGCUCCCUCGCCCUCCUCUUCCUCCAACGAUGCCAUCCCCUCUCCGGAACGGGGACGCCCCCUUCCCCGCUGGGGCCGGCGGACCACCGCACCGCCACUUCCAUUCCGCCGUCGCGGAGCACAAGAUCCGCCGGCUGAACGCGCUUAUCCUCCUCCUGCGCCUCGCCGCCUUCUGCUUCUCCCUCGCCGCCGCCGUCUUCAUGUCCGCCGACUCCUCCCGCUCCCCCACCUCCCCUUCCUGGCUCCACUUCCACCCCUUCAGGUCCGCUAAUUCUCGCAGGUUCGUGUUCGCGGCGAAUGGGAUCGUGGCCCUGUAUUCCUUGUUCGAGAUGGGAGCUUCCAUCUGGGAGAUCCUGAAAGGCGCCACCCUGCUCCCCGAGUCGCUGCAGCUCUGGUUCGACUUCAGUCACGACCAGGUGUUCGCGUACAUUCUGCUGUCCGCGGAGGCGUCGGGGCUGACGGAGGCGCGGGGGAAGGCGGGUGCGUGGGCGGCGGAGAGCGGCGGUUUCUGCUUGCAGUCGUACAUCUCGGUGGGGUUGGGCUUCGCUGGGUUCGCCUUCCUCGCACUCUCUACUCUCCUUUCCGCCUUCCGCGUCGCCUCCUACAUCAUCACCGGCUCUCCCUUCCAUUUCUGAUAUCGUAUCGCGUGCCGGCCGCUGACUUUUCCAAUGAUGCAACUUCUUUUAUUGUCGUGCAAUUUGAAAGUUGCAAUCAAGAAGAUACUAUAUUCAAUAGAGAAGAUGCCUUAGCAUGCAAACAACGAGCUUGUUCUUUGAUGCUGUUAUAGAGAAGGUACUUAUUUUCUACCAAAUAUUUCCAUUUUUGUAGACCUCUGUGACGGCAAAUUUAAAGAGAAGGAAGAAACAUGUGAAAUGUUCUAUUUAUGUUUCUGGUAGUUCUCUUUGGUUUUCUUACAUGCCCAUUUUGCAGCUGGGGAAUGGAGCCAAAUAGCCUAUUUUACUUAGUCGAGAGAGAAAUUCCCAUUUGCUUCAUUUAUUUAAGUUUGCUUAUGCCAAAUAUUCGUCCAAUUCUAUUUAGGAUAUUAUAUUUUUCCACUUGUUAUUCUAGACUUCAACCAGUAUGUAAUGUUUUUGAUGAAGCACUCGAGUAUUUCAAGUCCAAAAUAAAAUGACUCUUAAGUUUGCUUAUGCCAAAUAUUUAUCCAAUUCUAUUUAGGAUAUUAUAUUUUUCCACUUGUUAUUCUAGACUUCAACCAGUAUGUAAUGUUUUCGAUGAAGCACUCGAGUAUUUCAAGUCCAAAAUAAAAUGACUCUUAUGGCCAUGGUCCCUUGAAUCCCUUCCAUUUUGACCACUAAAACUCCCGUGUUGCAUCUGAAUUGAUACCUGAUAUUAGAACUCUCAACAUGCCUAAUACAAACCAAAAUGAAAUUAAGACUUGUUCUCUUGUAAUUUCUAAAAAUAUCGUCAAAUGGUGCUGUAAACACAUUAAAGUAGUUGAAUGUUUAUGUUUAAUGCUGUGAUGCAUGAAAUUGUUGGCCAUAUUUUGGACAAAAAGUGGAAAAUGAGAUGUGGUUUUUCUAAGGUUAGCUUCACAAAGAUAAUAUAGGAAAAGUCAUAUACAUUGUCAUAAAAAACAUGUGUCGUGAGGCAGCUUGCUUGGAUGAAGCAACUGUCCGUGUAGUUGGGCAGUAUGAGAUCAAGAAGUGCUUAGUUGAAAUUUGAAAAGUAAACUAACUGCAGCACCAUUGCAAUAAUGAUGCAGGGUUUUCUCCAGUAGCAGCCAUUCUCCUAGUACUUCUUCCUCUACGCAUUAAGCCUUUAAUCGAUCUCGGAUGUCUGGACCCUCCAGACAGAGUGAACUAGAACUUUGAAGUAGCGCCCAAGAAAAAAUUGAAGUCAAUGGAUGAUAGGGCUUCCAGUUCAAUUAGACAUUGUUAAUCAGUUUCUUACAAGUUACUGGUUUGUUGGUUCACAAAUGGUUGUGCAUGUUAAUAUCCCUUGUUUGUAUUUUAAAGAUUGUAAAAUGCAAAAUGCUUUUUGAUGACUCUCUAUUAUUAUUUUUUUCAUAAUGUUAUUAUGUUAGAUUCAGUUUUUCCAGAUAUGCCAAACUCAGGGGUUCAGCAGUCCACCAUGCCUGGUCCAAGUGUGUACUUUUUGCAAACUCUGGCUGUUCUAGGGUGCACGAACCUUGACCUUUUUUGUGCUUAAGAAGGUUAUUGUGUUCUCUGAGAGUGGAAAUGAAUCUUAGCAUAACCAUUCAAGGAUUUUUUUUAAAAAAAAAAUCGUAUUAACCAUUAACUUGAACUCUAUUGUUUCUACAAGGAAACUGAAUGCUGGAAUUUUUUGUACAUAGUCUCUUGGCCUUUCAGAUAACAUGAUCUAAAGAAAAGAUAAGGAUAGAACUUCACAUUUUCCUUGUCCAAGUUCUCUUCCUAUUGUAUUUUUUCUGUUCAUUAUAUAAAUGCUUACUCCAUGCCAAUUUGUUUGUACAUUUGAUCUGUGUCAUCUGCAGACAUACAGAGUGUAACAUUCAAAUCAGGUACACUGCAGAUGCACUUUUGAAGUCAAAUGGCUUAAUCCUAAGCUGAAUCGGGAAACUAUGACUGUUCCAUCUAAGUCAGUCAUGAAACUCUCUGAUAAAGAUAUUUACAGCCACCCAGUGUUCGCUGCAAUUUUAACUGCUUUGACUUGUAGAAAUGAUGUGGAAGUUCCUUCAUUCCUUUAUUGUUUAGAGGAAACUACCUGUGAAACUAACUUCCAUGGAUUGUAGGAAAAGCAAAGAGAAGAGAUAAGCAAAUCAGCUGAUGUAUCAGAGUGCUCGAGAGAUGUUCUUUUUGAAGGUAAAAGAGGUAUGAGUUCUUUAAGAAGUUAAAAGAGGUAUGACUCUAUCUGCAGCCAUUGAUUUUGAUUAGUUAUAAGAAAUAAUGAAGUUUCCCAAUCAUUUUUCCCUUUUAGUUAAAAUGUUGAUAGCAUAGAAACAAAAAUAUAAAAUGCAGUGAAUACUGUAUUGAUGUAGGUAUAAGCAUAUUUUUCGGGAAAAAAAAGAAGAAAAAGAGAGAAGAAUUGCUUAAAACCCUUAAUUGAUAAGGAAAGUUGCCAACUUAUUCUCCUCUUGUAGCAUAGAAACUAUGAUAUCCAUAUAACAAAGAUCAUUAUAAUUUUCUCUCCAUCUAGUAAGUAUUGAAGGCCCCUGCACUUGAUUAACAGAACUUGAUAAAAUAAUCCUUAAGCAACAUAAUGCUAUGUUAUUUUGUUAUUUGUGCCUUGCAAAUUAUAGUAGCACAUACUUGAAAUACCUCUUCAAUCCUGUGCAUGCGUGUAUUUAUGUUAAAAAACUGCAAUCUACAAGUUUCCAGAUGCAUUAUUGUAGUUGAUUUAAUUGGUCUGUGGGCAUAUGUUACAACUGAACACUUCCUGUUUACAGCUAACCUCAAUAUCCAGCUGUUGUUUACUCUGGCUCCUGGUAGAUCUUCUGAAGUAACAACCACUUUAUUCCAUCUGCGGCCAUUGAGGUUAGCUGUAAACAAGGAGUGUUCAGUUGAAGGUCGGUCAUGCACCACAUCUUAUAGAAAUAUCUGCAUUCCAUGUCAUCUGAUGAACGAAAAAAUGAUGUUAUAAUUAGAUGAAACCCAACUUUGUCUUUGCCAAUGAUUUAGCAAUUCUCACCUCGUCACACUUUAGUAGUUAUAAAUGUGAUGUUAUUUACUCUCUAUUUUAUGUUGCAUCUGGUCUCCGGGUUUAUUUUUGGGGGAUGCUGGACCACAUUGUUGUGUCAAAUAUACCAUCCUUCUUACAUAAGAGCAACAAAUUAAAAGGCCACCAUAGGAACUUGUGUUGGAAGAAAUGGGUUGCAGAUGUCUUAGUCGCAGGGGCUUGCCCUAUUCUCAUUUCUGAAGUCCAAACCACUAGAUUACGUAGUAAUAUUAUAUUCGAGUGGGUUGUUCAAUAAUUCAGCUGUCAUUGGACUCGGAUUAAUCUUAUGAUAUUGUAGGCAUUAUAUGAAUAACACCCCUGGGUGAUCAACUUCGCGGAAAGGCCUUAAUUUUAUGGUCUUACAGGUUGGAACUGAUUGCAGAAUAAAUUGUUGCAAGUUGAAUUCAAACUAAAAAGAGCAUGAAUUCAAACCAAGAGCAUGUUCGAGUAGCAUGGUUACCUGAUUUGCUAUAUGCUUCACACAUCUUGCAUGCAUGCCCAUGUUGAGAUAUCACAAGGAUGCCAAGCGCUUGUUAAAUUUAAAAGAAAGCACCCUCGGUCAUGGAAGCAGCCGGCAGAGUUGUUUCUCAAGAUGAUGUCAGAUGAAUAAACCAACAAGAACAGGAGCUUUCAUUGGUCAUCAUUGCUGUACUGAUUGUAUCAAAAUUCUUGCAAACGAAAUAGGAUUUGCCUUCCAUGUUGGUUAGGUUUACUUGCAUUCUUUACUGUUAUGGUUUUUCAGACUUCCCUGGCCAUGGGAAAGACCUACUUGCGAUGACGCCUGCACGAGCUGCAGUUUGAGGGGUUCAAACUCUUCAAAUACUAGUGAAAAUAUUUUUUUCAAAAAAAAAGAGGAGUAACAUGGAAACCCUUAUUAUCCCUUA